AUGGGAAAUGGGAAAAGCCAGAUGAAUAUAGACACCCAGGACUCCAAGGUGGUGUCAGUCGUACCAGUGAAGGAGAAGAAACUUAUGGAUGUCAAAAUAGGAGAGCUGCCAAGCUGGAAACUGAUGUGGGAUUUCACUCCUAAAGGCAUUGCUGGAACGUUUCAAAGGGGUCACUACUGGUGUUUUAUUAAGUAUGUUAAUGUGAAGAAAGGAAGUGUCCCUGGGAUUUCUAUGGUGCUGGCAGCUUCUGUGCUUAAUACUGUAUCAUGGACUUAUAAGUUGCUAAGAGAGUGUAUCUUAAAAAAAUUUUACUCCAAAAAAAUCAUAAAUACAUGAGUGA